AUGGAGUCUUCCACUAGCAAGAAAGCACGAGAAGAACAACGACAAGCAGAGAUUCGCAAACAAAUCUCUCUCUUGCAAGCUCAGCUAGAUGACCCAGCUGAUGUGAGCCCCGUAAAGUCGGGCUCCGUCAUGUCACCGAAACGGAAGCGCUCCAACUCGAACGUGCAGGUUCCUGCUACACCGUCUCCAAAGAGGAAAAGGACUCAACAUCCCUCUUCUGAGAGCAAACGACAAGAGAUGCCGCGUAUUCAGGCCCCGAAGUUCAACGCGACCCCCAAGGAUCAUCGCUCGGGACGCAUACCUGAGAGAGCGAUACAGGUAGUGAAACCCGCUCCUUCUACGGUCAUUCAGAAGCUCGCCAGCGUGCAUGCAAACCACACGACCCAUACAGACUCAGUGCCUGUGACUCGUUCUUCAGCAUUUGCCGAUCCACCUGUCCGAUUGGCACAUCUCGGUCAUGAUUCUACUACGCCAGAUAUGCAGGCUCGCGAUGAUAGACUCGCACUUGUGGAGGAGCUGGAGAUGGGUCCUGUUGAUCAUAAAGCCCCGUUCGAUGACCCACGCUUUGAGAGGUUGGAGCCCAAUUCGGGGAUACGUUUGUCAUCUCGCUCUUUGUCUCACGAAGACUUCCAAGAUUAUCUCCGUGGGCGAUAUUAUCUUUCCCCUUCGAAACUCUACUCUGUCGUCCGACUCCUCCCUAACAAACAGGGAUAUGACGUUCCAGUAUCAGGGGACUGGCUUACCAUAGCUGUCGUCGCAGAGCGCGGACAGAUCAAGCACAGUCAAGCACCAGUUGGGCUCGGUCGAGAAGACAAAGUACUUGAGGAAGACGAGGAGGACAGUAUUGACCAAAUCACACUUCAUACAAAUGAUGCAACGAAAGCGGGUCCAUCUGGUCAUGCGAGACCUAAAAAACCGCGGAAAGAAGAAGCGCCGAAGCCCAGUGGAAAGAAAUAUGUCAAUAUGAAAGUAGUCGAUUUUGGAUGCCGGUCGCGUUCGUCGGCUUCUGGCGAGCGCGCGACGAUCCGGGGCGACGCGUUGCUUUCGUUGCUCCUGUUCGAGUCUGAUAGUUAUGACGUCGUUACAAAAGAGAAUGGUAAGAAGGAGAAGAUCUACAAAGGGGGAAGUAGGGGUGCCUUUGAGAAGAUGUCCAUGCUGAAAGAGGGUGCUGUCGUCGCCUUUCUCAAUCCUCGAAUACUCAAGCCCUUUCAGAGAUCCGCAGAUGCGCCUCAUCCACAAGACAAUGUUCUGGCUAUCACUCCUGAAUCUGUGAACUCGAUUGCUGUCAUUGGCCACUCAUUGGAUCUGGGAAUGUGCAAAGCCUCUGCGACUGGCACGUACAACAUGCUGUCCAGAGAACGCGAGCGAGCAGAGCUGAGUUCUCCGCAGGGUUUGUCUCGAUCGAUCUCCCCUCUCAACCUCAUUGACCCAAACGGCAUUCAUUAG